CAGCGAAGGGGGCGGCGGGGAUCCACCGGGCUGCCGCUGGGAAGGCGUGGGCGACCCGGUGUGUGGCGCGCCCAGAGCCCCGCGUUUCAGCCCAAGGAAGGACGCCAGUUGAGGGAAAAAUUCUCCAUGAAUGUACGUCACAAUGAUGAUGACCGACCAAAUCCCUCUGGAACUGCCACCACUGCUGAAUGGGGAGGUAGCCAUGAUGCCUCACUUGGUGAAUGGAGACGCGGCUCAGCAGGACCUGCUGAAGUUCCCAUGAUGUCACCCAAUGGAUCCAUUCCUCCCAUCCAUGUGCCUCCAGGUUAUAUCUCACAGGUGAUUGAAGACAAUACUGGAGUCCGCCGGGUGGUGGUCACACCCCAGUCUCCUGAAUGUUAUCCCCCGAGUUACCCCUCAGCCAUGUCUCCUACCCAUCACCUACCCCCCUACCUGACUCACCACCCACAUUUUAUUCAUAAUUCACCCACGACUUACUACCCACCUGUUACUGGACCUGGAGAUAUGCCGCCUCAGUUUUUUCCUCAGCAUCAUCUUCCUCCCACAAUAUACGGUGAGCAAGAAAUUAUACCACUGUAUGGAAUGUCAAGCUACAUUACCAGAGAAGACCAGUACAGCAAGCCUCCGCACAAAAAACUCAAAGACCGCCAGAUUGAUCGUCAGAACCGCCUCAAUAGUCCUCCUUCUUCUAUCUACAAAAGCAACUGCACAACAGUGUACAAUGGCUAUGGGAAGGGCCACAGUGGUGGCAGUGGCGGAGGCGGCAGCGGUGGCGGGCCGGGAAUUAAGAAAACAGAGCGGCGAGCAAGAAGCAGUCCGAAGUCAAAUGAUUCAGACUUACAAGAGUAUGAGUUGGAAGUAAAGAGGGUGCAAGACAUUCUUUCGGGAAUAGAGAAACCACAGGUUUCUAAUAUUCAGGCAAGAGCAGUUGUAUUGUCCUGGGCUCCCCCUGUUGGACUUUCAUGUGGGCCCCACAGUGGUCUUUCCUUCCCCUAUAGUUACGAGGUUGCCUUAUCAGACAAAGGACGAGAUGGAAAAUACAAGAUAAUUUACAGUGGAGAAGAAUUAGAAUGUAACCUGAAAGAUCUUAGACCAGCAACUGAUUAUCACGUGAGGGUGUAUGCCAUGUACAAUUCCGUAAAGGGAUCCUGCUCCGAGCCAGUUAGCUUCACCACCCACAGCUGUGCACCUGAAUGUCCUUUCCCUCCUAAGCUGGCACACAGGAGCAAAAGCUCGCUAACCUUGCAGUGGAAGGCACCAAUUGACAAUGGUUCAAAAAUCACCAACUACCUUUUAGAAUGGGAUGAGGGAAAAAGAAACAGUGGUUUCAGACAGUGCUUCUUUGGGAGCCAAAAGCACUGCAAGUUGACAAAGCUUUGUCCGGCAAUGGGGUACACGUUCAGGCUGGCCGCUCGGAAUGACAUUGGCACCAGUGGUUACAGCCAAGAGGUGGUGUGCUACACAUUAGGAAACAUCCCACAGAUGCCCUCUGCACCAAGACUGGUUCGAGCUGGCAUCACAUGGGUCACGUUACAGUGGAAUAAGCCGGAAGGCUGUUCACCCGAGGAAGUUAUCACCUACACCUUGGAAAUUCAGGAGGAUGAAAAUGAUAACCUUUUCCACCCAAAAUACACUGGAGAGGAUUUAACCUGUACUGUGAAAAAUCUCAAAAGAAGCACACAGUAUAAAUUCAGGCUGACUGCUUCUAACAUGGAAGGGAAAAGUUGUCCGAGUGAAGUUUUGGUUUGUACAACAAGUCCCGACAGGCCUGGACCGCCUACCAGACCCCUCAUUAAAGGACCGGUCACAUCUCAUGGCUUUAGUGUCAAAUGGGAUCCUCCAAAGGACAAUGGUGGUUCAGAAAUCCUCAAGUACUUGCUAGAGAUUACUGAUGGGAAUUCUGAAGCAAAUCAGUGGGAAGUGGCAUACAGUGGAUCGGCUACAGAGUACACUUUCACUCACUUGAGACCAGGCACUUUGUACAAGCUCCGGGCAUGCUGCAUCAGUACUGGUGGACACAGUCAGUGUUCUGAAAGUCUCCCUGUUCGCACACUAAGCAUUGCACCAGGUCAGUGUCGACCACCGAGGGUUUUGGGUAGACCAAAGCACAAAGAAGUCCACUUAGAGUGGGAUGUUCCAGCAUCUGAAAGUGGCUGUGAGGUCUCGGAGUACAGCGUGGAGAUGACAGAGCCGGAGGACGUGGCUUCGGAGGUGUACCACGGGCCAGAGCUGGAGUGCACCGUCGGCAACCUGCUUCCCGGAACCGUGUAUCGUUUCAGGGUGAGAGCCCUGAAUGACGGAGGGUAUGGUCCCUAUUCUGAUAUCUCAGAAAUUACCACUGCUGCAGGGCCUCCUGGACAAUGCAAAGCACCUUGUGUUUCUUUUACGCCUGAUGGAUGUGUCCUAGUGAGUUGGGAGAGUCCCGAAAGCUCUGGUGCUGACAUCUCAGAGUACAGGUUGGAAUGGGGAGAAGAUGAAGAAUCUUUAGAACUCAUUUAUCAUGGGACAGACACCUGCUUUGAAAUAAGAGAUCUAUUGCCUGCUGCCCAAUAUUGCUGUCGACUACAGGCCUUCAAUCAAGCAGGAGCAGGGCCGUACAGUGAACUUGUCCUUUGCCAGACACCAGCAUCUGCCCCCGACCCUGUCUCUACUCUAUGCAUCCUGGAGGAGGAGCCCCUCAACGCCUACCCUGAUUCACCUUCUGUGUGCCUUGUACUGAACUGGGAAGAGCCGUGCAAUAACGGAUCUGAAAUCCUCGCUUACAACAUUGAUCUUGGAGAUACUAGCAUUACUGUGGGCAAUACCACCACUUACCUUAUGAAAGAUCUCCUUCCAGAAACCACCUACCGGAUCAGAAUUCAGGCUAUAAAUGAAAUUGGAGCCGGACCGUUUAGUCAGUUCAUUAAAGCAAAAACUCGGCCGUUACCACCCUUGCCUCCUAGGCUAGAAUGUGCUGCAGCUGGUCCUCAGAGCCUGAAGCUAAAAUGGGGAGACAGUAACUCCAAGACACAUGCUGCUGACGACAUGGUGUACACACUACAGCUAGAGGACAGAAACAAGAGGUUUAUUUCAAUCUACAGAGGACCCAGCCAUACCUACAAGGUCCAGAGACUGACGGAAUUCACGUGCUACUCCUUCAGAAUCCAGGCGGCAAGUGAGGCUGGGGAAGGGCCCUUCUCUGAAACCUACACUUUCAGCACCACCAAAAGUGUGCCCCCUGCCGUCAAAGCACCUCGAGUAACACAGUUAGAAGGAAAUUCAUGUGAAAUUUUUUGGGAGACGGUACCACCAAUGAAAGGCGACCCUGUUAACUACAUUCUGCAGGUAUUGGUUGGAAGAGAAUCCGAGUACAAACAGGUAUACAAGGGAGAAGAAGCCACAUUCCAAAUCUCAGGCCUCCAGACCAACACAGACUACAGGUUCCGCGUGUGUGCGUGUCGUCGCUGUUUAGACACCUCUCAGGAGCUAAGCGGAGCUUUCAGCCCCUCUGCGGCUUUUGUAUUACAACGAAGUGAGGUCAUGCUUACAGGGGACAUGGGGAGCUUAGAUGAUCCCAAAAUGAAGAGCAUGAUGCCUACUGAUGAACAGUUCGCAGCCCUCAUUGUGCUCGGCUUUGCAACUUUGUCCAUUUUAUUUGCCUUUAUAUUACAGUACUUCUUAAUGAAGUAAACAAACCCAACAAAACUAGAGGUAUGAAUUUAAUUAAUGCUACACAUUUUAAUACACACAUUUAUUCAGAUACUCCCCUUUUUAAGCCCUUUUGUUCUUUGAUUUAUAUACUCUUGUUUUACAGAUUUAGCUAGAAAAAUAAAUGUCAGUGUUUUGGUGCACCUUUUUGAAAUGCAAAACUGGGAAGAGGUUAAACUGGAUUUAAAAAAAGAAGAAGAAAAGCAAACCGGAUACCAAAAGCUAGCUUUCUUAUGUUUUCUUUUAAAUUUUCAGAUUUGACUUUAUUCUGAUUUCACAGAUGUCUUUCGCAAGCCUUUGAUAUUUUUUUUUUUUUAUGUUACAGUUUAGUAAUUUAUAUUCACCAGUCACUUGUUAUGUCUUUUUCAUCUAUAUCUGUAAACAUGAAUCACAGUGUAUGUAGUUACAGGGCCAGGAUUUCACUGUUGUCAGAGUAUUACCACACAACAACAGCAUACAGAAGAUGUGUUAACUCAGAUAAGACUGCCCUAAACAACCAUUUUGUCACUCAGUUAUUUAACUGUGUUUAGGUCAUUUAAAUCAAAAUGUGUACUUUAAUCUAAAAUGUUUUAAUACUCUGUAUCUCUUAUGAUUUUAACACUAUGAGCUGCCUGUAUAAGAAAUCAAGUAACCAAAAUGCACCUAUAAAUUAUGGAGCAUUGUAGAUUUUACCACGUCAAUUCAUAGCAGUAACUUUAAGAGGGCAUUGUGCAAUAGUUAGUUGUUUCCUUGUUCAGCUAUUUUAAAAGCUGCUUUAACUUGUUUGUUUGUCUUUGUAUAUAACUACUUCUGAUCUAAUCACUAGAGUUAUUAUAUUCUGUUAUGUUUGACCAGAAUUAUAUGACAAGAACUGGUGACAGUUUAGUGCCUCUGCCCAUUGUCCAUGAUUUACGCUAAUUGUGAGCAAUCUUCUUGGGUGUCAGCUCAUUAUUUUUGAAAGAUUUGCCUUUAGGCUGUUCUUCGAGGUAUCAGUGAAGUGAUUGAAUUUCAACACCUUAAUUCAGUGCGCAUAAUACUAAUGUAACAGCAGAUGAAAAUUGAUAAAACCCAAAAGAGAGUCAUCUAAAUUUGUAGUUCCUAUUUCUGUGGGUUUGCCUGGCCGUGGUUGGAGAGGGGAUGGUGUUUGGCGGUCAGCACAGGGUGUUUGGGGGUCAAGGAGCCUAGAUUCUCUCCCUGGAUCUGUCACUAACUUGCUGCGUGACCUGAACAUGUCACUUUACCUCUCUGUGCCUCAGUUUUCCCAUGCAUGAAAAAUAAAAUAAAAAUAAAAGGGGAUUCUAAUGUUUGUAAGUGCUUUGAGAUCUUUGAUCAACAGGUGCUAUUGGAGUGCAAAGUGUUACUCUUGCAUGUUUGAGUCAUGAGAUAAUCAAUUUGAACCCAAAGUCAUUGGAUUAUUUAUAUGAAGUCCAUAAUGCUCGAGUACCUCAGGGACAUAUAAGAGUUGGAGGUGCAAAUAUAUUCCAAAAGGGUGCAACAGACACAGUGUAUCCCCCUGCUUCUGUUUUUGUAUAUUUUUGCUACUUGGUUUUUCUUGAUCAUAGCUAUUUUGUGCUUGGUCUAUGUUGUCUAAGAUGCAGUAUCCUGUACUAGCUUAUAAUAUUCCCAUACCAAAGUCAUGGGGAAACCAACAUUAUUUUGUUUUUGGUUUAUUUAUACUAUAUUCUGCAUACAGUACUUUAAAUGCCAAUUACAGUGCAAUCUUUAUUUAUUGUAAAAUUUUUAAAAUGUACUUAUGUACUAAUUUUCCCUUGUAGCAUGUUAUUUUUUUGUGUUUUAUACUUUUGUAAUUUUAGGUCAGUUUUGUUCCUUGACAACAUCUGUAGUAUUAUUAAUCUUCUGACAUUUUCUUGUGUUUUUAAAAGAUAAGAGCAUCUAGUGCAUUAAAUGCCAAAAAAA